CCUGUCCGUGCGUGCUUUGCUUCGCUUCUUACCUUUCCACAAUCAAGCACGACCAGCAUCAAGAUGUCAUAGCAGUGCCUCGACGUUGAGCAGCAUUGCUCCUGGAUACAAUUCUCUCAUCUACUCGCUCUCUCACCUCUUUCUGCAAGAGCGAUGACGGCGUCUGAUCGCCUCGCAGCUUCGAUGUGGCCGCUGCUGCGCCGCUCACCUCGCCCUCCUGCUGCUGCUCCCUCAAUACCUUCGCGCCUACGUCGGCAGCUGCACACCACCACUCCACUCCGUGAGCAGCAUCUUCUCUGGUCAGGCACCCUCCUAGACAAGACUAGCGCGCGUCACACUCCUCUCGACCUGGAUCUUCUUCUUGCCGCCGGAGGAGGAGACGAGAUUGACGUUCAAUCGGGUGGGGGAGUUCACCUCCUCGGGGCUCCCGCCAGUAGCCCUGUGCAGGGCCAUGUGAUGUUGUGUUAUCGCACAGCGAUCAGCCCUGCAUUGCGUCAUGAUGUUGAGGAAGGCAUUCAUGGCGAGGCGCCAGCAGACGCAGGCGGUGCCGGCCUGACUCGUCUCCUCAGUAUCGGCCGCAAUACCCACGCGCAGCUAGGCUGCGGUUUCGCCAGCCACGAAGCCACCUUCGGGCUCGUGAGGCCAGGCUUCUCCGGUGCGGGCGGGGUGGUAAGAACUGCAGUUGGGCCAGGUCAGUCCUGGCUGGUGACUGCGGACGAGAUCGGUGGACCGGCAAAGAACGCCUUUGCUUGUGGGAAUAAUACGCAGGGGCAGUUGGGCCUCCCUUUGGAACCAACGACGUCGUCACACCCGCAACUUCAACUCGUACCCUCCCCUCGCACCGUGCCUGUCGGGGAAGACGGCUGGCGAAUAGACGACCUAGCCGUCGGCCUGGACCAUGCCGUGCUCGUCCGCUCACGCCUCGUCGACGGAGUUGUCGAAGCUGAAGUUCACACUACCGGCCUCAACACGGACGGGCAGCUUGGUCGCCCGCUCUCCUCCUCGCACCCAAGAUGGUGCCAGCGUCCUGGGGGUCGCCGCUGAUCCCGCUGAUACGCAGAGAGAAGGGCGCACGGAGCAGCUGCGUCAGCUCGCUCUACCGAUGGAGAUCACAGGUCUGGAAGGCUGGCUUGAUGGAAUAGCAGGAGAAGGCAGGGGUUGCAUCGAGGCUACGAGCAUG